AUGGUUGUUCCAAAUGAAGUUAAAGAUAUAGGAAUAGCUUGUAAAAGGUUUCUAUUUACAACAGAAUUUUCAGGCUUUCUUAUAUUAACAUUAUUUUAGAAUGAAUUAAUUCUAUCAAUUGGAAUUAGAUUAUUGAUUGAAGCAAUAUUAGCUGCAUAUUUUUAUAUAAAAUGUAGUGAUUCAUCAGGUAUUCCAUUAUAAGGUGAUGAUGAUUUGGAAUUAUCAUAAUUAUCGAUUUCAACUUAACAAAGAGAUAAUUCUUAAUAAGAAUCAUAAAUACCUAUAAGAAAUAUUUGUUAGGAAUGCAAGAUAAUUUAACCAUUUAGAACUAAACACUGCACAAAAUGUAAGAAAUGUAUACCAAAAUAUGAUCAUCAUUGUUUUUGGGUAGGAGGAUGCAUAGGUGAAUUAAAUCAUAGAAUAUUUUGGUUGUUUUUAUUUUUUUAAUGUUUACUAUGUUUUGAUAGUUUAUUUUAGUUUAAUAAACAAUUAAGUCUUUAUUCAAUUUAUGAAGAAGAACAAAAGGAUAAUAAAUAUUAAUAUUAAUAUUUUGUGAUAUUAUUAUUUGGAGCAAUUUCAUUUGGAUUUGGUAUUUUUACAGGUGCUUUAUUAUUAUAUCAUACUAUGUUAAUUGUUACUGGAUAGACAACUUGGGAACAUACAAAAAGAGAUAAAAUUACAUAUUUAAAAUUUUAUCCAAAAUUUUAUCAUCCUUAUAAUUAUGGAUUGAUUGUAAAUAUGAGACUUACAUUUUUUCAUAAUAAUAAACAAUCAUAUUGGAUUCCACCAUAAAAAGAUUAAAUAUAAGAAUAAUGUAAUUUAUUUGAUAACAAGUAUUACUCAUGUUGUUGA